CAAAAUCCAAUCUUCAAGGAAAAAGUUGGGAAUAGUAGAGCAUCUGAUCGACUAGUAAUGAUGCUGCUAUUGAUUCCCUUCUUCCUCCUUGUCCUCCUCUUCACAAUACAGGCCACUCUUCAUAGACAACAGAAGUUAUUGAAUCUUCGCCGGAGAGUUCCUCCGGGUCCACGGCCACUACCCUUCAUCGGCAAUCUCCACCAGCUCGUCGGCCAUCUCCCUCACGUAAUCUUUCGACGAAUAUCCGAGAAGUAUGGCCCCCUCGUCUACUUCAAGCUCGGUCAAGCCCCCACCAUCAUCGUCUCUUCGCCGGACGCCGCCGCCGAGAUCCUCAAGAGGCAGGAUAUUGUCUUCUGUAGCCGCCCGCCCUUUGAAACCACCCACCGCUUUUCCUACGGCGGUCUCGACAUCGCGUUCUCCCCUCACGAUGAUCACUGGCGCUGCAUUAGGCGGUUUGCUAACACUGAGGUCUUCAGCGCCUCCAGAGUGGAGUCAUUCAAAGCCAUUCGUGAAGAAGAAGUUGGAGCUCUGAUUAAGACCAUAUCCAAGGCGUCAGCCAGCGGAAAUGCGUUCAACUUGAGCACCAUGAUGCUCUGCCUCCUCAACAAUAUGAUAUACAGGCUUGUGUUUGGUAAGCGGAUAUCGGUCGUGGCUGAAGACUGUGGGAGGAGUCAGCACCAUGAGAUGAUCAUGGAGAUAGUCGCCCUCACAUCGGAGUUAUGCGUUGGUGAUUUUUUCCCUUCUUUGGCUUGGCUAGAUCGGCUCUCGGGCCGGCGAGGAGGAAUGGAGAAGAAGUUUCGGGCUAUGGAUCGGGUCUUCGAACAGGAGAUAGAGGAAAGGAUGAAGUUAAGAGGUCAGAAGAAGGAGAAUAGUAUUGUAGGAGAAAAUAUUAUUGCUGAUGAUUGCUUCCUUGAUAUUCUUCUGAAAAGCCAAGAGAAGGUGAACGAUGCUGUAGGGUUCAUGCUCACCAGGGACACCAUCAAAGCAAUUCUCAUGAACUUCUUUUUAGCGGGUACCGAUCCAUCCGCAAUGAUCAUGGAGUGGGCUAUGGCCGAGUUGCUUAAGAACCCUAAAUCCAUGCGCAAGGUGCAAGACGAGGUCCGGCAAGUAGUCAAAGAAAAAGGAAAGGUUGAAGAAGCUGACCUUCAACACCUCCCAUAUCUACACAAUGUAGUUAAAGAGACCCUCCGGCUUCAUCCUCCCGGCCCAUUACUUCUCCCACGUGAAUGCACCAAAGACACGAAGAUCUAUAACUAUCAUAUUCCUGCAAAAACAAGAGUUUUUGUCAACGCUUGGGCCGUCGCAAGGGAGCCAAAAUAUUGGGGCGAGGAUUCUGAGGAAUUUCGACCGGAGCGGUUCGAGAAGAAGGCUGAUGUUGACUUCAAGGGGACUAACUUUGAGUUCAUUCCAUUUGGUGCUGGACGAAGGAUUUGUCCGGGCAUGGGGCUUGGUGUGGCGGUGAUUAAGCUUGCGCUUGCUAAUCUUUUGUAUAAAUUUGAAUGGGAGCUGCCGGACGGGAUGAGCAGCGAGGAAAUGGAUAUGACUGAGAAGUUUAGGAUGGUGAGCCACAGGAAGGUGCCACUUACUGUAUUAGCUAAUCCAGCUACUGUUUUCCCUUGAUGUUCGAUGUUUCAUU